AUGACUUGUAGCAAACCUCCGCGCUCCACGGCCAAUCUUGACGUGCACGGCAUGCCUGCAUCCUUCAGUUCUUCUGAGAAUUUCGGCAGUGGUUUUUGUUUGCUUGCGGGUAUGGAUGAAUGGGAUUUCGCAGAAGAAGUUGACAUAUUGCCGAAACUCCCACCUAAUUUCGAUGAAUUGCGAGAAUCGAAGAAAUGGCAGGAAAGAAAAGAAGCAUUGGAGGCUUUAGCCGCUCUGCUUGAAGCUAACGUUCGUCUUUCAACCAAAGCGAGCUAUGGAGAAAUCCUUGGGAACCUGCAGACCAUGCUCGCGAAAGAUGCAAAUAUCAAUGUGUGUGCUUUGACUGUUAAAUGUAUCAAGCACUUUGCUACGGGCUUGAGGACAAAAUUUGCUCCUUAUGCGCAGUCGAUUAUCCCAGUAGUUUUCGAAAAGCUGAAGGAGAAGAAACCGCUGCUCAAAGAUCCUCUGGUUGAGUGUGCAGAUGCAAUCGCAGCCACCAUUGCCUCACUCGAACUUAUCAUGGAAGAAAUUGUCACAAGCAUGGGAAAACCUAAUCCUCAGAUCAAACAACAAGUGGAUAAUUUCUUAUAUAGACAAUUUAAUAUGUUAACUACUGACAAAACGCCUAAAAAACUGGUGAAAGCGAUAGUGCCGCUGUUGGUGAAGCAUUCGGGUGACGCCGAUCAUGACGUUCGCGAAGCUUCUUUAUGUGUCUUCGGCGCCAUUGAACGACUUAUUGGAGAGAGAAAUUUGCGAUCGAUGUUGGGCGAUCUUAGCAAUGAUGAGGCAAAGAUGAAAAGAAUCACUGAAUUCGCGGAGAAAGCUUCCCAAGCGCAUGCUGAAAUACAAGCUCAAGCCUCGACGAGGAGUGGGGCGCAAACCUCCUCAGAAGAGGUACAAAGUUCGGAAGCUGCCCCAUCAUCAGCUGUCUCAACCGCAGCCCCUCCCAAGGAGGUAGAUCCUUGGGACAUGUUGGAUCCUGUUGACGUCAUAGCAAAGCUUCCAGCUGAUUUCAGCACCAACAUCGAAAGCAAGAAGUGGACGGAGAGAAGGGAUGCGCUACAGGCUUUCUUGGAUCUUCUAACUGCUAAUCCCAGGCUAGAUCCUAAAGCUUCUUACGGGGAGCACAUUUCGCUGUUGAAAAGGAUUAUUGAAAAAGAUGCCAAUAUCAAUGUUGCCGCCCUUGCCGCUAAGUGCAUGAAAUGCGUUGCUGAUGGUCUUCGCAAGAAGUUUGCCCCACAUGCACCAGCAGUCGUUCCAGUAAUCUUCGAUAAAUUUAAGGAGAAAAAGCCCUUGCUCAGGGAUCCACUGGUGGAGUGUAUCGAUGCAAUCGCUGCUACGACUACAUUGGAAGCCAUGGGUGAUGACAUCAUAGCCGCCCUUGAGAAGCCAAAUCCGCAUAUUAAGAUUCAAACCGAUCUUUUUCUGUACAGAAUUUUCAAGAUGUACAACAGUCAAACCAUGCCCAAGAAGACCUUAAAGGCCAUUGCACCGUUAUUGAUAAAGCAUACUGCUGACUCGGACGCCGAAGUUCGUGAUGCAUCCUAUGCCGCUCUGGGCUCUGCUAUGCGAGCUAUUGGAGAAAAACCGUGCUUGCCGCUGUUAUCCGAUAUUUUGGAGGACAAACUGAAAAUGGGAAAAAUAAAAGAAUUCUACCAGAAAGCUUGUGAGGAAGCCCCUCCGGAAGUCAUCACGCAGAUGGUACAAUCAAUCCAUAAAGCUGAUGCUGCUUCCAAAAAGGAAUCCAAGAAAGGUGCACCUUCAAACCGUGAAUCAUCGUCAGAACGUCGACCAGCCUCAGCACAGGACGAGGAAGCCGCUGGUGAUAAUGAUGAGUCACUAAAACCACCUGGAGGAGCACCACCUGUGAAGAAGGCACAAGAGAAGAAGAAAGAGCUGCCCAAGAAGGUAGAGGAAGAAGAGGAGCCGGUGAGGAAACCUCCAGAUGAGCUGCUUGCUAUAAAUGAUGAGAAGCAGCAACGACUCAAAGAUGAGCGUACACUGAAGGUUCUGAAAUGGAAUUUCACUUUUCCGACGGAGGAACAUGUUGCUCAGCUACAAGAGCAACUUGGUCGUCAUGCUAAAGCAUCUCUGAUGGGAAUGCUCUUCCAUAAAGAUUUCAAGCAGCAUUUGAAAGCUAUAGAAUUGCUUAACCAGACGGCAGAAUCUUGUCCGGAAGCUUUGGUGAAAAACAGUGAUCUUUUGUUGAAGUGGUGUACGCUCCGAUUUUACGAAACGAAUCCGUCUGUUUUGAUCAAGGUGCUCGAGUUUUCCAAGCAGAUUCUUGCUCUUGUGCAAUCUUUUGAAGAGCCCAUGUCCUCGGAUGAAAUGUACGCAUUCGUUCCUCAUCUUCUGCUAAAGUCCGGUGAGCAGAAAGAGAAUAUGCGAAAUGCUGUACGCGAAAUCAUCGAUGAAUUGACCGACAUCUGCGGACCUUUCAAGAUGUGCCCGACUCUUCUGGAAGCGUUGAAGACGAAGAAUGCUCGCCAACGUGCAGAAUGUCUCCUAGUUUUGGAACUGUAUAUCGAGCGCGCUGGGCUCACGCAACUGAAGUCAUUGGGGAUUCAUAAAGCAAUAGCUGCUUGCGUUAGCGAUCGAGAUAACAAUGUGCGAAAUGCUGCCAUCAAUGGUCUUGUGGCUUGUUAUCGUGAAGAAGGGGAUCAGAUGUGGCGAGCGGUAGGUAAAAUGGGGGACAAGGAGCGUGCUAUGGUGGAAGAACGUAUAAAACGAUCAGGAGCUGCGCCAGGUAGUGCGGGUUCCCGCGGCUCGGGUCCAGUGAAGGUUGGAGGAAGGAUUGUUGUUCCACCUGGAGCGGGUUCAGCAGUGCGGCGCCCGCAGAGCCGAAGUGCUUCAGCUAGACGCGACGAGUCCGAGAGCCGUACUAGAGAUAAUAGCCCUGAUAGCGAGAGACCAGCUUUGAAUGGCACAUUCACACAUGGUGAUGAAGGUGGCGAUCGGCUAAAUUCAACUGUUACAUAUCCUCGCUACGCAAUCGAUGACGAUUAUGUUGAACAAGGAUCCGUGAAUGCCCUUCAUACGACUCAGACGCUCGCAGAAAUGGACAAUAUCCAACAUCGGCUGCCUACGCGCCAUCCCGUCGUUCCGCCAAUGCCGACCACUCCUUUGAAAAGAAGUGGAUCAUCAUCUUCGAUUUCUUCCAUCGACACAAUGGAUCAGCUGGAGAAAGUUAUUCAGAACAUCUCAUCAGGUCUCAUUGAUGUUGCAAAAGAUGCACUGGAGCAAGUCCAAUUUCUGUUAUCUGUGGAUGAACAGCGCGGAUUGCUCGAAGAGCGCUUGGAUAUGAUUAUGCAAACUGUUGGAACUCAAUUGAAACUACUUAGAAAUUUACAUGGUAUUCAUACACACAAAGGCCAGGAACUGUUGAAAAUCAUUCUCAAUUUUCUCUGUCCGCUUACCGCAUCUACGGACAAGUUUGCACGAUUGAACAUAGGCGAAGAUGCUACCAAUGGAAUGCUCUGGGAACUUGUUCAUAUUUUGCUGAAGAUUCAAGAUCCUGCUCUUGCUUCUAUGCCAGACUCUGUUCAUUUCGGUCGUACUUUGAAUGCGCUUAUAAUACGGCUGUGCCUUCGAGUCGAACGUACAACGUUUUUCGCAGCUUGUACGCGGUGCCUUAUGACUAGUUUACUAGAGGAUCCUGAUGAGGCUGCUCUACUAUUCACAAAAUGCCUUUACAAAUGGGCAGAUACUAUGUCUAAGCACAAAACUGCUAUUGAUAAUGACCUCUACAUCAGGGCGGCUAAUCGGUUCUACGAACAAAUUUAUCCGAAAAUUGAACUGAACAACGCCUUUCGAGAAGGCAUUCGCGCUGUUGAAAUGUGCACGGAACAAGCGAUGAUUGUUAUGGGGCCGUCGCUUCUGGAGCGACUUAAGCGAUUUCCAAGACCGAAUGUCAAUUUCCUGCAGCACAUGCAGGCUUGCUAUGCGGAAUGUCAGAAAAUCAAUCCUUCUGGAUGGGGAGUCUCUUUACCUGGAGCUGUUAUCGAACCACCCGUUUUGCCUAAAUCAAAUGCUGUCAAUGGUACUGGUCGAUCAGAAUUGCAGAUUCUAGUUGAUAAUGUUGUUCGGGACUUACCUUCGUUUGAUAAGCACACAUCGCUUCUCGUUUCGUAUAUGGACAAGCAUCCACAGGAGCUGGGGAAAAUGGAGGAAUAUCUGAAAACUGUGCCUCUAGCCCCUUUGGUGCGAGAGUUUGUUGAAAGAUUUCGUACGGGAAAACUAAAAAGUGUAGGAAAUGUUACCGAGCAGCAAGCAGUCACGGCUGCCCAGGACUUAUUCAUCUCGCGGUCUCGCUUUGAGGCUAUGAAGCAAGGUGGUCGAGCAAUGUCAAUGAUCUCCACAUCGGUGCCCGUCACAUUGAAUGAAACGAAAGCGAAGCUGAAUAUGACAGCUUCUCCCAUAAGAAAUCCUAAAGGUUAA